UUUCCAAACAUCCCAUGGACGUUUGAUGGAAAAUACCGAUGGAAAGGUACGUGUGGGUACCUACCAUUUUAGGUAACUCCAAUGCCAAAUAUGUGUAAGUGAUUUUCCGUUUCGCAAAGCUCUCCCAAAAUGGACGAGGUCGACUUCAUUCUCUUCAACAUAGCUUCGUCAUUACCUUAACCAGAGCUGGACUUCAUUCCACGACAUGGCCUGGGUAAGCCUUUUGCUGUCGCGACCAGCCUCGUUGAUUGCAUUCAAAUGAAUAUAUCACGAUGAGUUUCGUUUAUAUUUCUAUUAUCUUUGUUGUUUCUUAAAAUUGCUGGCAACUCUUCUCUCGCUUAGUAUGUCAUGACUUAAUGUGAACGAAUUUAAUAUCUUCGCCAUUCGUUUAUUCCGACGCUUCCUUGAAAACAGCUGGCCGGUCCUGCUGACGAUACCCCCAUGGCGCGUAAGGACGUGGAUGAAGAAAAGGUUUGGACGGUCGAUGAGACUCACGCGCAACUACUUUACCAUUCGCUUGAGCAGUACAACACAGAACAAAAACGGAGCAGGCGACCUUCGAUACUUCUCGCUUCACUCAUAUUCCUCUUCAUCUCAUCCGUAGCAGGAAUAUGUCUUGCAGUUGUCUUACUACUACAACCGGCUGAGGUUCAAUCAGCAUGUAUCGCCCGGGACCUCGUAUUAUUCGCAGCCAGCAUAGGGUUGGUGUACGUGUGUAUUCAUGUGCGAGGGGCGAGGAAGGAUUAUAGGAGGCGAGGAAACUUGCCACCACAGCUCUACGGCGAUUAUCUUCAUGCCAGUGCACUUCUUACCGCGAGAUUCGGUAUUGCCGUAUGGGUCGCCGCUCUAGUUGCGACAGCCGUCAUGAUCGCUAAAGCAGCUCCUUCAAAUGGACUCGCGAAAAUGGCGCCGUAUCUAGACCUGGUGAUCUGCAUCGGAGCGCUACCUUCAUUCGUGGCUAUAUCCGCAACAAUCGAGAGCCAACCUACCCCUUUCGCAACGACGGGGAUCUCUAGCAAGUCAUUCUUAGGCUACCAAGAUAGCGAAGUAACCGAUGAGCUAUCUGCAGACCUCAGCGUUUCCCGCAGAGCCUCACUACAACGGCAAGAGAGCACUAGCGCAUCUAUAAUGACAGUACCAACAGCCGAGAUCUUCAAGAUGGGAAAUUCCAAACCGCCCAAAACCCCAGACCAUCUAACGAUACGAACGAAAGAAGUACCGUACGACAGGACGGAAUUAAUGGCAAAUUCCCCCAUCGGCGCAACCUACGACAUAUCCACCGCCUCCCUCGGAACCAUGCCAACAUACGGAGUCCCACCACUCCCAAAACUAGCCUCCUCACUCUCCAAGUCGCCGCCCCAACCCGUAUAUAACCCCGGCGGCUGGCGAAGCGAAUGGAACAACAUCGCGGACCAAGUCGGCGUCCAACAAAUCCCCACCUCAACCCCCCUCGAGAGCACGCACACAGAGCGCUCCGCGUCCAUCUCCUCCCCACCCUCCUCCUCCUCCCACCCAUCCCGCACAUCCACCACAUCAACAAAAACACACCGCGCAACCCCAAGCACCAGCAUCGCCAGCAGCGCGCAGCGCUCGCGUCUCUCAACCGUGCGCUACGCCGCAGAGCCCGAGAUCGCGGUCCGCCAGCACAUCCGCGUCAUCCGGAACCCGAAUUACGCGCCCCCGUCUGUCGCGGAUGCGGAUGAUGAUGAGGGGGAAGAGGCGAGGUUGGUUACGGUUAGACCGCCGGACCCGGUGGCUGUGCCGAGGGGCGCGGUUAAGGUUUACGAUGUCGCGCCGACGCUCAGGCGUAAGCCGUCGAAUUUCUCCCGCCCGUUGCGGGCGGGGGAGAGGGGUGAGGAGACGGAUUCGGCGGUUGAGAUGGGGGAUUUGGGGCGACGGGAGGGCUGUUAAUGCGAGUUCACGAUAAUAUGAUCUUGAUUCUCGAUCUAAUGUUAUAUAGGAGUAUCAUUGCAAGGCGUAAUUUGAAAGCGAGACGAUUGAUUUCUAGAGCGAUUAGGGUAUAUUUCCUGGUUUGGCUCAUGGAUGGAUCGCG